AUGCUCCAGGCCGUUUCCGACUUCUUCUUCUCGGACGCAAAUUACGGAGACAGUGACUCUGAGGGGUUUCUUAGUCCCCGAAAGAAGCCCUCUACAGUUCCACCUGUUCCAGAGUUACAUACCGAUACAGUGAUUACCAGAGCAUCAUUAGGCAACGAAUUUUCCUCGGCGCCAAAUGCUGACCCCGUCGGUCCUAUCGAUGACCACGUUCCGAUGGCUGCAUCCUCUAGCAACCUUCUCCUGACUUAUCAAGGUCUCAGCGAAGGUGUAUCUCAGCCGUCGCCAGACGGUUACACAGAUUUGUCCAUAGGGGACGCCGUCCAUGAAGCGCUUUCAGCAGAGGCCCUUGGUGUGUCACCUCAUGACACUGCUGCCGACAUGCUGGAUCGGAGAGAACCGGAACUGCUCGUUCGCAGGGGACGUCCACAGGCGAAAGCUGAGCUUGCUAAGUGGGGCCGAGGAUCUACAGAAAAUCUUCGGUCGCGUCUACCUUCCGCUACGGCCCAGCAGAAAGCCCUGAACGUUUCUCAACCAUCAACAUACCAGCAACAAACUCCUCGGGUCCCUCUGCAACCGGUACCGCCUGCCCCCCGGGGGCAUGGUGAAUCGGACGGCAGGAUUCCAGAGACUGACAACGAGAGCUCGGUACUAAGAUCAAACGCAAAUGCGACAGGAUGGGAAGAGAAGGCCAAGGGGAUAAUGAGUUUAAUGGAGCAAGCAACAAAGAUGUUUGUAGGCUCACGGACGGGAAGUAGCCAGAGUCUGCCAGGACGGGAAGAAAUCGCGGCUUCCGCGGCAAACACGUCUGCAUUGUCAACAGCGUCUCCAGCUUUGAGCCAAGGGCUCGCUUCUCUGUUGGUGGGAGGGAUGCCUCAAGCUGUGUCACCAUCAACCAGCGGGCCGUCGAUAGCGUUUCAGACUACAAACCACUCCCCCGCUGAGUUUGCAGCUUAUGCUGCACUGUUACCCUCUCAUGCAGAUAGACCUUCCCUCACACUGGACACGCUCCGCCAGAGCGAGGGUCUGGGGAAAACUUUCGCUCAGGGUGUCGAUGUUGGUAGUGCAGUUGUGGAUGUUCUCACAUCCACACGGGAACUGCAGCAAGCGUUGAGUGCAUUAAAUAUUCCAGGUCUCCCAGUAAAUUCUGGAGCACCUCCGCGGCAAGCCUUCCAGAACCGCGAUGACCUCAGUCUCAUGUCGCUUAUUAACGCGGCUAAGGCAGUUCAUCAAUUCGCCCAUUGGUCAACAACGGUCGAUAAGGUCAUCAAUACAAGCAAGGACUUCACGCAGUCCGUUCCGGCCACCCUGCGUAGUUUGUUUCCUUCGAAUCGCGUGGGGGCUGAAGAGUUCGAGGAUCUCGUCAAUGAUAAGAGCAACCAUGCAAACAGCACAACCGCUCACGAGUUUGCAACGACUGAGGUAGAUGCCUCCGAAGAGCGGCUAUAUGAAAACAUGCACACUGCUCCUAGUCAUCCAGAUGACGUGACAAGCUCACACAGUACGCCCACGGCCACCAGUGCAUCCAUCCCGAAGCCACGCCCGCAUAUGGAAGAAGCAGCCCAGUAUGGGGGGGUUCGCCUAGCAGAUGCCAAAGACAGUGGUGCGAAGCCUCACACGGACAAGCGUUCUCGAAUUCUCAGUGCUUCUGUAUCUGCAAGUGAUGUUGGAUCGCUCAUAAAGAAGGAAUCUAGGGAUGCUGCAACCAGAACGCUUCUGCAAGCUAGUGCUGGGGUGGGGGGACCAAUGCGAUUGUUCACGAAAAGCGCCUCAUUAAUGGACGAGAUGGCGCAGGCGUUGAAGAAGGAAGAAACCGUGCCUCAAGCUUCAGGAGCAACUGUAGCCGGUGGAGAGUAUGUCGUCGGCCUCGCGAGGGAUCUCCAUAAGAUGGCGUCCUUCCUGUUCAACGUUCUUGAUGUGACGGUUUCAGUUGCCGAUGAGUCGAUGAACGCUCUACAACUAGGAAAUUUGGUGAACACGUACAAGACCCUUGCAGAAGAAGGUGCUCUUGCUCCCCUAGGCGUAAAGGCCACUGGUGCUCCUCCGGAGCACAUGGGGAAACCUACCGUCUCAUGUGUGAGCAAAGGCAUGACAUGUUGUGUUCCUGCUGCAGCUGCACCAGAAUGGAAAACCAAGCCACUUUAUCUUCAGAACGAGCAACGGAGAGAAUGCAAAGCGAAUUUGGUGACGCGCACAAGCAUGUUAUGUGCCACAACUCCAUACAAGAACAGUAAAUGUGGUAUUAUCCACACCAAGGCUAACGGCUACAACAAGUAUGCCACAGUUCUGCCGGUCGCCGGCUUCACUGCAACAGCCAUGUGCGAGUGUGAGGUUUCGAAACAGAAAAGUGCCGAUGGACUCUACUCUUUCAACGGGGUUGCGUCAUGGACAGCUCCUGGGAAGACUGUAACCCGAGAUGUGAUUAAGGAGGCCAAGGAUGGCUGGCAGUUUGUGAAGACUUUGAGCAAAAGUGGGAACCAGAUGCUUACUGUGCUCGAAAAUACCCUCGAACCGCAACGAAGCCCAAUUACAGGCAUGGCGGACGUCAUGACAAAACUUGUUGCUUGGACCGCCAAUGUGACGAUCCGUGUACGAGUUAUCCGAAUGAUCAGUCAAAUUGCUAAUGCCUACCGGGAAGCAGAGACUCAGGUGUGA